ACGUAGACGAGUGAGACACACGUAUUGACUCCGGCUUUCUCACUCUCUUGCUAUAAUAUCCAGCAUCUCGCUGAUGUAUUCAAUUCCCGUAUUUACGUAAAGGAGCCACACUCAGGCAGGAGUUGUUGACCUAAUGGGUGGAAAGAAGAAGAAAUCAGCCGCUCAGGCUGCCCCGGCAGCAGCGGCGGCGGCCAGCUCCGGUUCUACCCCUGCAGUCGGCGGUACCGGCGCGGUGGAGGACCAGAAGAAACACGCAGCCAGCAGCAAAACGAAUAAACCAACGAAAGAGACUAAAUCUAAAGCCCCAAAGACCUACAGUCUUGCCAACACAGCUCAGGUGGACACAGGUGGGGUCUCAGACAAGUCCAUUCUUAAAGUUUCUAUCCAAGCUGAGCUGGAGAAGAAAAUCAUCAAGCUGAUCAAUGAUUUCAGACAGGAGAAUGGGGACAAAGGGCCCAUUUCUGGCAGACUUACAACUAAGAAGCUGUUGGACCUGUACACAGCUCUGGAGAAAUUCAACUUCAAAAGAGAGCACAUUGAAGAGGCGAUGAAGAGCAGCGUCCUGUAUGGGGGCGACCUCCACUCUGCUCUCGACUGGCUCUGUCUGAACCUUAAAGAUGAUGAGUUGCCAGACGGUUUCAGCCAGCAGCUGCAGGAGGAGAGCCAGAAGAGUCGGCCUAAAUUCCAGUCUCCACCGCAGCAGAAACCUGCUGAAAGGAACCCCAAAGCAUCCAACAACAGCCACAGAGACACCAACAGGGUCUCAGAGAAGGACGAAGCUGCAAGCAUGAAGGACUGGAUUUUGAGGUACGCAGAACAAAGCAGUGACGACGAAGAGGAGGAGGAAGAAGGAGAUAAGAGGACACGCAAUCCUGAAUUGGAUGAAAAAUUUGACCCUAAUGACAGGUAUUUGAUCCUCACCGCUCAACUGUAUGACGCCAAAGAAAUGGCUGCUGAUGCCAAGACCAAAGGAGACAAAACGGGCCAGAGGAUGGCACAGGACAGGAUUCGGGUCGUACAGCAAGAAAUGAAGCAGCUGGAGUCUCAUCCCAUGUUCAAUCCUGCCAUAAAAGUUGUAGAUGUCCCUCAGAAGGAAAAAAAGACGCGUCCUGUGGUGGAUGAUAAAGAUGACCUUAGCUUCAAUUUGUUUGAGCAAGCAGAAAAGGACCCUCCUGCAGAAAAAGUUGUGAAAAAGAACGAGCCAAAAGACAUUCGUAACUUUGACUACACGGCUCGCAGCUGGACAGGAAAGUCCCCCAAACAGUUUCUCAUCGACUGGGUCAGAAAAAACCUGCCCAAAAGUCCAGCGCCAGCUUUCCACAAGGUUUCUGCCGGCAGAUACUGGAGAUGCAAGGUGCGAGUUCAAAGAGUGGAUGAUGCCCUGGAAGUUUGUCCUACCAUCUUGACUGAGGACAGCAUGCAGGCUCAGCAUCUGGCUGCCACGUUGGCACUCUACAACCUGGUUAAAGGGCAGUCUGUGCAUCAGCUCCUACCUCCAACCUACAGAGAUGUGUGGCUGGAGUGGAGAGACGGCGAACAGCAGCAGCAGGAAGCGAGCCGCACCGCUGCCAACAAACCUCGAGACCAGUUCAUAUCCCGGCUCCUCACCAGACUGAAGCAGCAGCAGAGCCAGAGUCAAGACCAGCAGCCUGCUUAUCACCAAGGCCAGGAACUCAACAGGGGAGGAGAAGACGAGCCGGAAGACUCCUGGGAGAACCUGGCUGGUCUCGAUAUUGAGGAUAAAGGAGGCAGAGUCGAAGACAAGAGCGAGAAAAGUAAGCAGAAGGAAGGAGCAGCGUCGCUUAAAUCAGCCAGAGAGCUCUUACUAAAGCUAAAAGAGUCUGCACUCGCCCACAAGCUGCAGGCGGAGAGAGAGAAGCUCCCAGUCUUUCAACACAGAGGUCGUAUCCUCGAGGCUCUGCAGCGCCACCGUGUGGUGGUGGUGGCCGGCGAGACGGGCAGCGGGAAGAGCACCCAGAUCCCUCAGUUCCUGCUGGAGGAGCUGUUGACGGGGGGAAAAGCCGCUCAGCCCUGCAACAUUGUGGUGACUCAGCCGCGCAGGAUAUCAGCCAUGAGCCUUGCCAGCAGAGUCAGCCAGGAGCUGGGCUGCGACGACGGACCAGGCUCCAAGUCGUCGCUGUGCGGAUACCAGAUCAGGAUGGAGAACCUGUCUGGGGACUGGACCCGCCUCUUGUACUGCACUACCGGAGUUCUCCUCAGGAAGCUCCAGCAGGACAGACACCUGAGCUUCUUGACCCAUAUUAUUGUGGAUGAGGUCCAUGAGCGCAGUGUCCAGUCGGAUUUUCUGCUCACCAUCCUUAAAGAUGUUGUGAUGAAGAGAUCUGACCUGCACCUGAUCCUCAUGAGCGCCACUGUGGACUGUCACAAGUUUUCCAGCUACUUCAACCGCUGCCCUGUGGUCAGCAUUCCAGGCAGGACUUUCCCAGUUGAAGUGUAUCAUUUGGAGGAUAUAGUAGAGCAGACAGGAUACGUCCUUGAAAAGGAUUCCGAGUACAGCCAGAAGAUUUUAGAAGAAGAAGAAGAGGUGUCCGUCUCCGUCACACAGAAAGGUGGCAAGACUUUGCAGCACCAGGAGGUUAUAGUGAGGGAUUCGUCCUCCGGCUGGGAUCUGGGUCCGGACCUUGAUCAUUUCAGCAGCAGGACUCGGCAGGUGCUUCAGUUCAUGAACCCUAAUAAGAUCAACGUGGACUUGCUCGUAGAUCUCCUGGACUACUUGGACAAAUCUCCACAGUUUGCAGAGGUGGAUGGAGCUGUGCUCGUUUUUCUCCCAGGUCUGGCUCACAUUCAGCAGCUCCACGACGUUCUCUCGUCGGACAAGAGGUUUCGGGAGAAAAACAGGUACAAGAUUGUGGCCCUCCACUCAACUCUUUCAUCCAAGGAUCAGGCUGCUGCCUUCACAGUGCCCCCUGCUGGUGUUAGAAAGAUUGUGCUGUCGACCAACAUUGCUGAGACAGGCGUGACGAUUCCAGAUGUUGUUUUUGUCAUCGACACAGGGAAGACUAAAGAAAAUAAGUACCAUGAGAGCAGCCAGAUGAGUUCUUUGGUGGAAACCUUCGUCUCCAAAGCCAGCGCCCUCCAGAGGCAGGGGAGAGCAGGACGUGUCAGAAACGGCUUUUGCUUCAGACUUUACCCUAAAUUCAGGUUUGAUGCCUUCAUGGAUUACUCCAUCCCAGAAAUUCUGCGGGUCCCGCUGGAGGAGCUUUGUCUCCAUAUAAUGAAAUGUCAGUAUGGGUCCCCGGAGGACUUCCUGAGCCGGGCCCUGGAUGCUCCUCAGCCUCAGUCCGUCAGCAACGCUGUGAACCUGCUGAGGAAGAUCGGCGCAUGUCAACCCAACAACCACAUCCUCACGCCUUUGGGACACCACUUGGCAAGUCUGCCGGUCAACGUAAAGAUCGGGAAGAUGCUCAUUUAUGGAGCCAUCCUUGGCUGCCUUGAGCCCAUAGCAACCAUCGCUGCAGCCAUCACUGAGAAGUCUCCGUUUUCCACACCGAUGAACAGAAAGGAGGAAGCUAAUCUGGCCAAAGCUGCUCUGGCCACCGCCAACUCUGACCACCUGACGAUAUAUAACGCAUAUAUGGGAUGGAAAAGCUCACAAACCGAGGGACUGAGAGUGGAGAUGUCCUACUGUAGAAAACACUUCCUCAAUCGAACAGCUCUGCUCACCAUAGAGGAUGUGAAGCACGAGCUUAUGAAGAUGAUGGAGCAGGUGGGUUUCUGGUCCUCUCGCUCGAAGCAGCGGGCAGCCACGCUGUCCAAGCAGCAGAUCUGCAUCCUGAACGCGGCGCUGACGGCAGGGCUCUAUGACAGCGUGGCGCGGGUGCUGUGCAAUCCCCCCGUGGACGGGCUGGAGCGGGUGGCCUGCACCGUGGAGACUCCUCAAGGCAGGGCUCAGGUCCAUCCUUCCUCUGUUAACCGUAACCUGCAGGUGCACGGCUGGCUGCUGUACCAGGAGAAGGUUAAAUACACCAAGAUCUACCUGCGAGACACCACCCUGAUUUCUCCGUUCCCCAUGCUACUAUUUGGAGGCGACAUCGACAUCCAGCACAGAGAGAAGCUCAUGACGUUAGACGGAUGGAUUCAUUUCCAGGCUCCGGUACGGAUUGGAGUGAUCUUCAAACAUUUGAGGAAACUGAUGGACUUUUUACUUGAAAGGAAGUUGGAGAACCCCAGAAUGAAUCUGGAAGGUGAUGCAACCAUCCAGGUGAUUCUGGAUCUGAUCAAAUCUGAACACGCUGCGUAACAUCAGUCCGCCACAGGAGCUGGAGGUCACUGAAGAGGAAACAUUUUACUCACAUUGAGGAGAACUGUAUAUAAAAUACAUACAAACACACUGAAAUUUAAUCCCCAGAUAUAGUGAAGGUUAUUUUCAAUUAUUGUUUUAAUAAUGUUUAUUGUAUCAUGACUGACAACAAAACAAAAUGAAAUUACAAUCAACUGUUCAAAAAAAAAAAAAAUUAGAUUUUAGCCAUAGGAGGAAUACUUAUGUUUUGUGGAUUUUUGUAAAAACAGUUCAAGAAAUAAGUUCUUUCUUUCCAGGAUAUCCAGAUUCGGUCCUGAGAUCUAUAAUGUUUAGAGCUUGGCAUGUUGAAUAUUUCUUAUUAAAAACUCUGAUUUAUA